UUAAGCUCUCCCACUCCCGCACUUCAUUGCUGCAUCUCAUACUCAAACACAUUCAUCCAACGACUCUCUACAUCCACUGCACAUUACUAUACACUACCAGUGUAUACACCAACCACGCAACUAAACGACCAACUCUCCCUCUAUCACAAUGACUGGACGCGGCAAGGGCGGCAAGGGUCUCGGCAAGGGCGGCGCCAAGCGUCACCGAAAGAUCUUGCGAGAUAACAUCCAGGGUAUCACCAAGCCCGCCAUCCGACGUCUCGCUCGCCGAGGUGGUGUCAAGCGUAUCUCUGCCAUGAUCUACGAGGAGACCCGCGGUGUCCUGAAGACCUUCCUCGAGGGUGUCAUCCGUGACGCCGUCACCUACACCGAGCACGCCAAGCGCAAGACAGUCACAUCUCUUGAUGUUGUCUACGCCCUGAAGCGACAAGGCCGCACCCUCUAUGGUUUCGGUGGUUAAGCUCGCUCUGUUUUACAUGCUGUUACGAAUCUUUGCGGUCGACUGCUUGCUGCGCAGGACCAUGUAGGGUGUUUCAUGACGACAAAUGGGUCCGGUCUUGUUUUUGGGUGUUCUGUAUCAUAGGGAAACGGGGGAUUACAUUUGGGGAUAAUCGAACAUGCCCUUGAGGCGAUCUUGAUCAUCACAUAGUGCCCAUUUUUCUAAUCGUAGUGAAUAUCUCGCUGUA